AUGAAAAAACGACAUUCAACCUUUUCCACCACAAUCAAUCAUCGAGAUUUGAUUAAAUCAUCUAAUUUUAAUUCAUUAUCUACUAGUAAUAUUCAAUCAUCAUCAUCACCAAUAUUGAGCACUACUUCUAGAAAAGGCUUCCGAGAACGACCACUCAUCAAAUUCAUAUUAAAACAACGUUCCAAACGAUUGCAACAACAAGGCUCUAGUGAGUUUGCUGGUGCGGAAGUGGAAAUUUUGAAGGCUUGUUGGAGAAAAAUAGAGGAAGAGGAGAUGAAGGACUAUCGAGAAAAUCUCUCGAAUCGAUUGGGGUUUUAUUUUGAUGAUGAGGAAUUGUUGGCCAUGUUCGGAAAUCAAUUGAUGAAGGAUGAAGAGGAACUACAGCAGAGGACGACAAUGGAUACUACCAACACUGAACCAAGUUCGGCUGGUGGUGCUACUCUUGACAAUUCUUCACUGAAGAGUGGUGACAGUGCUCGUUCAUUGACAAGUUUCGGAUCUGACUCGAAACUAAAUUCGCCAAUUAGUCCCAACCUCGACAAGAAGCAUUUGCAGUCAACUUCAUCGACCAAAAGCUCCACUUCAUUUGCAUCCUUCUCUGGUGCACCAUCAUCACUCACACCAAGCCCAAACAUUGAGGAGAACAAAAAUCUUUCCUACCUCUACGAUAUUCAUACUUUUCCUAGCAAGCUGAAUCUGAUACCAACCAUGCAUUAUAAUGUGUUGGAUGUUGUUGAGUUGUCCUCUGUACAGCAAAUUGUAAAUAUAACAAGUCCUUCUUCGGAGAUUGGGAUACUUAAAGAUUGUACAAAUGAUUCUUCUCCUACUGUAAAUAUUGAAUCAACCACUUUUAGUCUCGAGAUUUUAGAUAGUUUUAUUACUGUUGAUUCUUUUGAAGAUUUUUCAAAUCCUUCAUAUAAUCCACUCAAUAUUAGACAUUUAUAUUGUGAUUAUUGGUCCAACAAACUAGAAUUCAAACAAAGGAUCAGUAAAUCUUCUCUUACUUCAAACAAUAAGAAGGAAAAUGAAAAAUCAAAAAACUAUAUACCAUUUGAAGAAUUGGAAAAAUGUAGAAAUUGUACAGAACUCAAAUUGAACAAUAACAAGAUUAGAUCUCUAGAUUCUAAACAUUUUACCAAUUUUGCACACUUGACAGAAUUGAAUCUAUCUUCGAAUAGAAUGUCUAAAGCAAGACUGCCUGAGGAUAUUUUCUCACAUAUGCCACAUUUGCAGAGGCUUUCUCUCGAUUAUAUGGGUCUUAAGACUCUACCAAAAUCAAUUAACAAAUUGGUAGAGCUUACCUACCUUUCACUUUCCUUUAACAAAUUGAACACUUUCAACUUGCUACAUGGAAAAGACAGACACUUGAAUGAUUUUUGGCCAAAAUUGACCAAUUUGGAGUACUUGAAUUUGUCUGGAAAUAGAUUGAAUAGAUUUCCUUCAGAAAUUUGUAAUUGCAAAUCAUUGGAAUUUUUGAGUUUGUCCAACAAUAGAAUAAUUAACGAGAUACCAAAGGAAAUUGAAAAUCUCAAAAAAUUAGCAAUACUCUUCUUGAAUGGAAACAAAGUUACUGCUCUUGAUAUUAAUAGAAAUUUGGAAUUUUUAGAGAAUUUGACCCAUUUGGAAUUGGGUCACAAUCCUAAUAUCCAUGUGGUUCCACCUCCUGUUUACAAUUUAACCAAAUUAGAAUCACUCUGUUUGAGCCAUCUAACCAUUAGUCAUUUAUCGGAUGAUAUUGGAAAAUUAAGAAAUUUGACUCACUUGGAUUUGUAUGGCUCCAAACUAACUGGUCUUCCAAAGGGUAUUUCACAGCUUAUCAACCUUAGGAAUUUGGAUAUGCGAUAUUGCAGAGGUAUCAAGGAGUUCCCUAUUGAAUUGUUUGGUCAAAAAGUUUCAAGUAGCACUAUCACUACUACCUCUCCAAUGAAAUCCCUUACUAGAUUGAGUCUUAGCUAUACAAUGAUAGAGAGCAUUCCUGAGGAUAUUUCCUCUCUCCAGAGUUUACAAGCACUUUUGGUGAAUGACUGUCCCUUGCUCGAAGAAAUUAAGGGUAUUGACAAGCUUGUCAAUCUUGUAGAGUUUGACAUCAGUCGUUGCAUCUCCCUUGUUGAGCCUCCUUCUGAUGUGUGUGAGAGAGGUCUUGCCCACAUUAGAGGAUAUCUGAAAGAAAAGGACGAUGGACCUUCUAUUUUUUUAAAGUUUAUUGGAUCAGUAUUUGGUGGAAAUACCUCAAAUAAUUCCUCCACCAACAAGAAGAAACUACCUUCACCAAUAGGCACAGAAAACAACCUCAAAGUGGAACACAAUGAAUUACUUGUUGCCUCACCAGUACCAAGCAUUAAUUCUGGAGAUGAUGAUGGUGAUAGUGAUUCUGAUGAUGAGAUUGGCGCAUCUAAAAAGAAGAAACCAAGUCCAAGUGGCAGUACUGUCAAGUCAUUAUUUUCCUUUUGGAAAUAAAGUGUUGAGUAAAUAAAAACUGAUGAAACAUUUAGACAUCACCAAAU